AUGCAUCCAGGAGGAGAUAGCAGACUGACAGAGGGUCAUUCUCAGGCUGUCCUGACCCUGCAGCCUGCCUGGUCACAGAUAUUCAUAGGAGAGACAGUCACCCUGAGCUGUGAGGUGGAGGGGGGCUCUGAUGGCUGGAGGUUUAAACAGUACAGAGCUGGACGUGAAGAGGCAGGGUGCAGUGAUCAAUACAGGAGUAGAUAUGGGGACAGCUGCACAAUCAGUAAAGCUCGGCAUUCUCACAGCGGAGUGUACUGGUGUGAGUCUGCAUCAGGACAGGAGCGCAGUAAUGCUGUCAACCUAACUGUGUCAUAUGGACGGGUGAUCCUGCAGACUCCCUCACAGCCUGUGUUUGAGGGAGACACUCUGACUAUGAGGUGUCUUAUCCGCGAUGGUUAUAAAGCUACCAGGGUUAUAUUUUAUAAAUAUAAUAGAGAGUUACAGUCCCGGGCUGGCAAGGAGCUGAGUGUGGAUCAUGUUUCAAAGAGUGACGAGGGGUUCUACAAGUGCAAAGCAUGGUGGUGGUGGGACUCCUCCCCUUACUCUGGUGACUCUGCAGAGGUGCGGGUGUCAGUGAGAGAGCUGCCGAAGGCUGUGCUGACCAGCAGUCCUCAAUGGGGAGAGCUGUACACUGGAGAGACUGUCACCCUGAGCUGUGGGGUUGAGGGGGGUUUCACUGGAUGGGAAUAUCUCUGGUACAAGAGCAGUCAGGGAGGCACAGUGCAGAUCAGAGGCACCACUGGAGCCAGAUACACACUCAGCCCUGUCACUCAGUCUCAUAGUGGACAGUACCAGUGUGAGGCACAAAGAGGAGAUCCACCACGUUCCUCUCAACGCAGUGAUCCUGUUACACUGACUGUGUCUGAGGGACGCCCAAAGCCUGCACUGACCCGGGAGCCUGCAGGAGAGAUAUUUGAAGGAGACACGGUCACCCUGAGCUGUGUGGUUGAGGGGGGCUCUGGUGGCUGGAGAUAUCUCUGGUACAAAGACAGGCAGGGAGCUCCAGUGUACCAGCCUGACAGCAGCAGUGGAACUGGAGCCGGAUACACAAUCAGUGCUGCUGCUCUGUCCCACAGUGGAGAGUACUGGUGUGGAGCUGGACGGGGCAGGAACACAUCUUACUCACAAUACAGCCAUCCCAUCUGGGUAAAUGUAACUGCUCUGUUCUCCAGGGUGACUCUGACAGCAUCUCCAGGAGCCACAGUGAAGGAGGGAGAGGCUCUUAACCUGACCUGUGAGGCAGCAGUGAACAAAACCCCCCGCCCUGAACUCCACUACACCAUUGUGAGAGACGGGGAGCCUGUGACUAACAGCACUGACUCUGCACUGUACAGCAUAGCCAGCACUGAGAAGAGCCACACUGGGAGCUACACGUGUGCUGUGGAGUCACAGGGAGUGAAGAAGAGCAGCCAGGAGCUACACAUUGAAGUGCAAAGUAAGAACAGCCUCUACAUAUCACCUCUUUCACCCGCUGAACAGAGGAACAGCGCCCUGCAGAUCAGGCUCCUGCACAGCCCUCGAGGGGAACAGAGCUCUCCGGACUUGGACAGGAGCCUGCUAAACCCCGACCAAAACGUGACUGUGACGUCCUGUACUCUGCUGUCCUUGUCAAGAAACCAGAAGAUAACCCCAGUGCUGCAGACAACAGUGACGUCCUUUAUUCAGAGCUCGACAUGA